AAUAAUUAUAAAAGCCCAAAGGUUAAAAGGGAAAACAAAUGCUAAUUAAGGUUUAAUUAAACCCAAAGAAAACUUGAAUUGGAUAGAGAAGAAAACAAAUCAAUUGCUCCCUCAAAACCACUGCGCCAUUUUUUCCUUUUAUAUAAUAUAAUAAUUCCUACGGUAAUUUUUGAUUUCUGGUUUUAGAGUUUUGGGCACAUUGGAGAAGAUUGUAGAAGAGAGAGUUGCUCAAAUGGUGAUGGAGGAUACGGGGAGUUGUGGUAGUAGAGUGGUGGAUUCAGCGCCGGCGAACAGCCGGCAACACAGAAAAAAGUUGGAGGUUUAUAAUGAGGUUCUUCGUAGACUCAAGGAAUCUAAUAACGAUGAGGCUCAACAGCCUGGCUUUGAUGAUGAGCUUUGGGCUCACUUUAAUCGUCUUCCUACUAGGUACGCGUUAGAUGUGAAUGUUGAAAGUGCAGAAGAUGUACUCACGCACAAGCGGUUAUUACAUUUCGCACAUGAUCCGGCUAAUAGACCGGCCUUUGAUGUCCGGCUGGUGCAGGUUACUCCAGUUCCUGAUGGAAACUCAGCAGACCCUGUUCCGUUUCACUCUGCAACCAAGGAAAUUAGCCGAAGUGUCCUUCCUCUACCUGCCUUUGGUUCUUCCCCUAAUCUCGAAGCACUUGCUCUUGAAGCUAGCAAAUCUGAAGUUCAAGAUGAGGAUGUUACUGUCACUUGUGGAAAUUUGUUACGGCCAAUGCAUGAAAUUACGUUUUCAACUGAUGACAAGCCCAAGCUCCUCAGCCAGUUAACUUCAUUACUAGCCGAGCUUGGGCUGAACAUCCAGGAAGCACAUGUAUUUUCCUCUGUUGAUGGCUACUCCCUAGAUGUUUUCGUUGUUGAUGGUUGGCCCUAUGAGGAAAUUGAGCAGCUUCGAAUGGCACUGAAAAGGGAAAUUCUGAAGAUUGAGAAAUCUUCACCUAGUCAAAGUCCAUCAGAAUCUUUUAGAAAGGAGAACAAAACACUCAUCAAAUGUGAACUUGAUCCUGUGACAAUACCUUGUGAUGGCGUUGAUGUCUGGGAAAUUGAUCAUCAGCUUCUCAAAUUUGGCAACAAGAUUGCUUCUGGUUCAUAUGGUGACUUAUACAAAGGUACAUACUGCAGUCAGGAAGUAGCUAUCAAGAUCCUCAAAUCUGAGCGCUUGAACACAGAAUUGCAAAAGGAGUUUGCCCAAGAAGUUUAUAUCAUGAGAAAAGUUCGUCAUAAAAAUGUUGUCCAAUUCAUAGGGGCAUGUACCAGGCCUCCAAACUUGUGUAUAGUAACAGAGUACAUGUCUGGAGGAAGCGUAUAUGACUACUUACACAAACAAAAGGGCAGUUUCAAAUUCCCUACUUUGCUCAAAGUAGCAAUUGAUGUGUCAAAAGGGAUGAAUUACCUGCACCAGAAUAACAUCAUACACAGAGACUUGAAGGCUGCCAAUCUACUGAUGGAUGAAAAUGAAGUUGUUAAAGUGGCUGAUUUUGGUGUUGCCAGAGUGAAGGCACAAACUGGUGUCAUGACGGCGGAGACAGGGACUUAUAGAUGGAUGGCCCCUGAGGUUAUAGAACACAAGCCAUAUGAUCACAAAGCAGAUAUUUUCAGUUUUGGGGUUCUGUUAUGGGAAUUGAUGACUGCAAAGCUUCCAUAUGAGUACUUGACCCCACUACAAGCUGCCAUUGGAGUUGUCCAGAAGGGGUUGCGACCUGCUAUUCCCAAACAUACUCAUCCAAAAAUUGCUGAGUUACUGGAGAAAUGCUGGCAACGAGAUCCAACAUCAAGGCCAGACUUUCCUGAGAUAAUAGAGACAUUGCAGCAAGUAGCAAAAGAGGUUGCAGAUGAGGAAGAUGAUCGCCGCAAGGAGAAGCCAUCCGGAGGAUUCUUUUCAGUCCUCAGACGUGGACACCACUAAGUAAAUACACUUAUAGAGAAUGUUGAUAAAAAGUUAUAAUCUGAUAACACACUUCUAGCUUAUUUAUCCC